AUGCAUCAGACAAACAGGAGUGCUGAGUACGAGCGACUAUACGUUGAUCGCUCUUCCGGCGAGAAGUCGCAAGAGUCUUUCGACGAUGAAGAAGGGAUGGCCGCACUUUCACAUCUGAAACAGAGCCGGUGGCGGUCAUGGCGAGGCUGGCUACUUCACCUAGGGCUUCCCCUCGUCUAUACUCUUAUAUUCGUUGUAGCAAUGUAUCGCUCGUGGGAUGACGGGGGCGGCGUAUUCAGCUUGGUGGAUUCACCUGCGAAACAAGUUGGAUCCAAUAUGCACCUCGAGGUUUUCCCACUGGACAAAUUCCUUGAGGGGCCAUACACUGGUGAACCUGGAGCAGAACUCGACAGAGUCUGGGCUGACUUAUUACAAUAUAACAACAUGCGGAUACCGGAGGAAUGGGUAAAAAGUCAUGACCGAGAAUAUCAAGCAGUUAAGCUUCCCGAUGGGGGCUACCUGGGCGUGUUGAGCGUAUUUCACGAGCUUCAUUGCAUUAAAAGAGUAUUUCGAACGCUGCAUGCGGAUUACUACUUUCCAAACGCCACUGCGGAAGUGCACAAGGAGAUGAUCGAGCAUGCCGAACAUUGUCUCGAGCUGUUUAGAAUGUCAGCAAUGUGCCAUGGCGACGUUUCAGUCUUGACACACAGGUGGGUGGAUGGCGACCUGCUGCCUCACGUCAAUCAGAGCGCGCCACAUCAAUGUGUGGACUGGAACCAGGUCAUGGACUUCGCGGCGUCGGUGUCGGUCGACGUCUUCCGGAAAGACUACAUUGUGAACCCUGAGACCGGAACCAACCCCUACUGGCAUGAUGAGCCACGUUCAUGA